AAAAUUGUUAAUAUUCCUCAGGUUCUUGAAUCAGCAUGGAUGGUGCUCUGCUUAGAAGGCGAGAAACAAGAGAGGGCGGUGAAAGAAGCCAUUGAAGCUCUUGAAAAGCUUGAAGAAAAGCUGAAAUCGGGUAAUAGCGUUUUCUUCGGAGGGGACACAAUCGGGUAUUUGGACCUUAUGAUCGGAUUCGUUUCGUAUUUAUACCCUGUUUGGGAAGAAGUUGCAUCCGUCAAAAUCUUGGACGCUUUGAAGUUUCCGGCUUUGGUUGCGUGGCAGAGUAAUUUUCUCAAUCAUGAACUGAUCGUCGGAGAGUAUUUGCCGCCCAGGGCGGAGGCCGUUGCUUAUUUCCGGUGGCGCCGGAGUGAACUAAUUCCGGUUUAUAACCGGAUGUAUUGAGUAAUGUAUUG